UCUGAUUAUUGAUACUCCGUAUUUUAUACGACGUGGACAUUGAUACGUGUCAUAAUCUUCCUCAAAUGGUUUCAUUUUUAUCCCCUUUCGUAUUUACGCAGAGGUAGCACCGCUCCUCUCGUUCCUUCUCAUCUAUUGAACUCCGAAAUCUCCAUUGAAGCGGCCUCUGAGGUUUCUCUCCACCGUUGAAACAGCUUAUGAGGCUUUUAUUUAUAAUCCUUUAAUGGAACCUUUCUCUCCUGCCCUGCCUCAGGGAUUCCAAUUUCAUACUCACUCGCUAGAAUGGAAUGAAAUUCAAUUUGAUUUGUUUCUGCAUUAGUCUCGCACAACUCUUAAACGACCCAAUCACAUUUAUAAUUAAUGAUUCUGUAUCCACAAUAUGCUAGCUACCCCUAAACUUUUUCUUUCCUUUUCUUUUCCGAUGUGAUAUUUGUAGUUUUGUGAUUAGUUUGAUUUUUGUAUCACUGCUCACAAGUCUGAACUCAGCUCAUCUUUGUUGUCUCAACUGUAAAACAGCAUAGUUUGAUAUGGCAUGCCAAGUUAUUGUUCACUCAUGGACCUUUUCUAGAUUAGUGGGUGCCUUUCUUGAUUUGGCUAUUGCCUACUUCCUCCUCUGUUGCUCUGCUAUUGCCUUUUUCCUAUCUAAAUUUCUCGCCCUCUUAGGGCUAACCCUACCCUGCCCUUGCAAUGGCCUCUUUGGCUACCCUACUCGUGCUCCCUGCUUCCAGCGCUUCUUAGUUGAUUGCCCCGCGGAAACCAUUUCCUCUCUCCACUUUUCUGUCAAAUCCAAAUUCCCAUUUGAUUCCAUUCUGUCCAGGAAUGAUCACUCUCAACUUAAUUUGAAGCUACUCCGGGAAGGUUACUCAGAUGAUGGUGUGCUGCAUCUAGAAGGUGAAGCGUCCUACAGUUCUUUCUCUGAUCCUCGGAGGUCACACCACACCCUUUCCGGUACUGACUCCCUUUCUAAAUUUGACAUUAAGGGCAAGACUGUUACAACUCAAAGGCCAAGGUGUGGAAUUAGGCGACGUCGCAGAGCUAGUAUUGAUUAUGGAAAGUUUACUUCUGCCUCAUCUUAUGAUCACUUAAAGUCAGACUCCCGUGCCAUUCGUCAGUCUCCUUCAGACUCCAGUAAGAUAGAGAAUGUAGAGAACCCAACCACUGUGAACUCUUGUGGUCAGACACAACCAGAUUCUGAAUCCAAUGAUGCAGCUGAUGAGAGUAAACCCGUGUAUGACUAUGCAACAUUAUUUGAGAACCUUAAAAACAAUGCAGGGGCUGAUGGUGAAGAUGAGAAUGUUGUCAGAAUUCUGGAAUCAGCUCUUGAGGAAGAACAUGCAGCUCGAGCUGAAUUAUUCUCUGAGCUAGAGCAAGAGAGACUUGCUGCCGCUUCUGCGGCAGAUGAAGCUAUGGCCAUGAUUUCACGAUUGCAGGAGGAGAAGGCAUCCAUUGAAAUAGAGGCUCGACAGUAUCAAAGGAUAUUAGAAGAAAAAUCAGUUUAUGAUGCUGAAGAAAUGGAUAUACUUAAAGAGAUCAUUGUCAGGAGAGAGAGGGAAAAACAUUUUUUAGAGAAGGAAGUUGAAGUCUAUAGGAAGGUGUUCCAAGUAAACAAUGGAUGGGAUAGUCAGUCAAACGACACAGAACGACAAAACGACGCCUCUGCUCUUGAUCCUUCUGUUGAUCCUAUGCUGAUUCUACAGCAACUCGGUCAGUCAAUUGAUAAUCGAGAAAAUGUUGAAAGUAUAAACAACUAUCCUGAUUAUUCUUCUGUGUAUGGUCAGAAGAAAACUUCUACGGUAUCUGAGUGUAAAGAAUCAUCAGCUCUUCCGGUGGACAAAAAUGAGCUGAAAAGUCUCGAAUGUUCAAGUGUUGUUCCAGAUUUGAUUGACGACGAAACUAAUCAAGAUAUUCAGGAAAAAGGGAUGUUAUCCAUGGAUACAAUUCCAAGAUCUCUGGAGGGUAAUAGUAACAUUUAUUUGCAACAGAAAACAAUGUUUGGUGUUGAUGAUGGAAAACAAAUGCCACUGCAAGUUGUAGAGCCACGUGUUCAUGAUGUCCACAUCAUCGAUUCAAAACACAGUAUCAGCAAAACUACUGAUGGGAAGGAAGGUGGCCCACUGCUCAUACACAAUAAUUUUUCUGAUACUGUGAGACAAUGUGAUUUAGAAAUUAGAAGAAGCUCUUCAGACAUUUUUGAUCGGUUCCCAACAGUGUGCAGUUCGCCCGAUAGAAGUUUUGUCUCUGAAUCACGCUGCUAUUCUAUAUCAGCAGUUGAUCACGAGAGGCUCAAAAUAGAUGAUGAGAUAUGUUGGCUGCGAGCUAGACUGAGGACUGUUCAGGAGGAGAAAGAGAAGCUUAAGGGCUCUUUUGAACACCAGGAGAGAGCAAAAACUGAACUAAAACUUCUGGAGGAUAUAGCUGUCCAGCUCCGAGAGAUUCGUCAUUUAACGGCGCCUGAGAAGGCUGCACGUCAAGCUUCCCUGCCACCUCUAUCAUCUAAGGUCACGUCUAAGAAAAGGCGCUCUCGGGGUGUUUCUGUUGGAGUUGGUCAGAGUCAAUCAAGUUAGGGGACACAGUCACACAGACUACAGAUUUUCCCUGUGUGGAGCUAGCUGUUGUCCAAAUACUUACAAAUGUGCAUCAGGCUUCAGGUGUGAAAAUUUGCUUCUGCUGUUAUGAACUCUGUAUGACAUGAAAUGGUUUCAAGAAGCAGGAAAGCACUUGACUAGCCCUAGGGUUUCACUGAACACUUGUGAGAAAGAAUCUAGAUUAAUCUUGUCAUUCCCAUGUCCAGGGCCAUGAAUAACUCCGAAUAAAACACUGAGGGUUUGCAAGUUUCCCACUUUUAAAUGUAUUUAGUAUAAUUUACUUGACACGCAAAUCUGUACGUGUAUAGUAUUCCACUUGUGUGUAUAUAUGUUUUUAGUAGAAAUCCCCAAAUAUCUGGGUUUUCUUCCAAAACUUCCUUUUGCUUCUUUGGUAAUGGAAGAAGUAUGGGCUGUUUUCAGACAUUUAAGCCCUGAAUUUUUAGGA